AACCGAGAUACAAGUCAUCAGCGCUUCCUUCCAACCGCAUUUCCAGUCCUCAUGUCCAGAUUCUAGUUUCUAGUAUCCCUUUCCAAUCAUCGUUUACCACUUUAUGCUCCAAUUCCCAUUCUCGAAUCGAAGACUCCGUUGAUCCCGAGCUUGCAUUGCUAUGGCAGCUCCUAAGUCUGUCUUUCUCCUCGGCGCAGGCUACAUUGGACAACACAUCAUCGAUCUACUCCUUGCUGCCAAACACCCAGUGACAGCUCUUAUCCGAAAAGCAGAGCAGGCUGCCGCAUUCGAGAAAGCGGGUAUCAAAACCGUCCUCGGCACUCUCGACGACACCGAGUUGAUAACAGAGCAAGCCGCGCAACACGAUGUAGCCAUCAACACGGCCUCCUGCGAUCACCUACCGAGCGUGAAAGCAGUGUUAGCUGGCAUACGACAGCGCGUUCUCGCACGCCAGCCGAGCAUCUACAUACACACCAGCGGGACGCUUCUACUCACCGAUGAAGCAAAGGGGGCGUACAAAAGCGACAAAGUCUACCGCGACGACGUGCCAGCAGACAUAGACGCCUUGCCACCCACGGCGCCGCAUCGCCACGUCGACCUAGCCAUCGUCCUGGCAGCACGCGACUUUGGCGACAAAGCUCAGAUUGCUAUCAUCAUUCCGCCGGCGGUCCAUGGAUUCAACCCUGCCCACAACCGCCUCUCAGUUGCCUUGCCACAGCUGGUGCGCUUUGCGCUGAAGCACGGCUUUUCGGGUUAUGUGGGCGAGGGUCGUAACGUGUGGAACGCGACCCAUGUCGCUGAUCUUGGACGCGCAUAUACGACGCUGCUUUCAUAUAUAGAGACUACAGCCUCAUCGGCUCUGCUGGAGAAUCCCUAUUUCUUUACUGGUGGACAAGAGUUUUCAUGGCGUGAAGCGGCGGAGCACGUUAGCCGGGUGCUCUAUAAAUUGGGCAGGAUUCCGAGUCCUGAGCCUAAAGCAUUUGUCGAGUCUGACUUCGGGGAUGUCUAUGGUCCUAGAACCCCGAUUGUUCUCGGCGGUAACGCCAGGAAUCGCGCGAUUAGGUUGUCGCAACUUGGUUGGGAGCAUAAGGAGAAAGAUAUUUGGUCUAGCUUAGAGGAAGACGAGAUUCCUUUUAUAUUAGCGACGCAGAAGUAAAUAGAAUAGAAGUCCGAAUUCCAGCCUCUCGUAAAUCGGAC